AACAAAAGAGUCUCAAUUCGGCGUAAACAGAAAAAUUGCAAAAUACGCAGAAAAUGAGCGAACAAAGAGAAAUAUCAGAAAAUGAGGACCCGGAUCUGGCGGAAGACGAAGAGGAUGAUGACGAGGACUGCUUCGGCUUCGAUGACGAUUCGUACUUUAACUUCCAAGACGACGAACCUCCGGGCGGUGAAAAACCUCCGGGUACCGACGAAAAUCAAAAUGUCUCAAAAUUAUUCGAAUUUUUGGAUGAAGCGCCGCCCGAUCACUCGUUUUUGCGACAUCAUUUCACGCCGAACGACAGUAAAGUCUUCACGUGUGCAAUGGUUUCCGAGCGAACGAUGAUGCUGAGGGACCUGCCUGAAGGAGUCCACGUUAAAUUUUUCGAAAAUCGCCUCGAUUUGUCCACCUGUAUGAUAGAGGGUCCCAAACACACCCCAUACGCGGACUGCCUCUUCUUCUUCGACAUCCAAAUGAGUCAGGAUUACCCGAAAUCCGCGCCCAAGGUCAAAUUCCUCUCGUACACGACGCAGAAAUUGAAUCCGAAUCUGUACGACACGGGCUACGUGUGUUUGAGUUUGUUGGGAACAUGGCCCGGAGACACUGUUGAGACAUGGAGUGCAGCGAAAAGUUCACUUUUGCAGCUUUUUGUGUCGAUUCAAGGCUUAAUUCUCGUUGCUGAGCCUUUUUACAACGAACCUGGUUACCAUCAUAAACGAGGAAUUCCCAAAUUUGCUGAAAAAUCGCAAAAGUACAACGGAGAUAUCAUGCGACUCGUGUUGGGAAGUAUGUGGCGUCAAAUUGAAAGAAGUCCAAUGUGCUUUGCGAAAGAAGUAGAGGAACAUUAUACGGCGAAAGGACAAGAAAUCUGUAAUCGGUUUGAAAUGUAUUUGGAAAAUCCGUCAAUUGCUCCAUUCCCGAUGGUAAAAACUGAAGAUUUUACAUAUGCUGCGAGUGAAUUGAAAGCUCUCAGAGCAGUUGUGACACGAUUGCAGCAAAAACAAGCCGAAAUCCCGCCGAAAACUGCGAAUUAAUAGUCAAAAAACUUAAAUAAAAAAAUAGAAAAAAAAUUUAAAACAAUUUCGAUAAUUGUGUCAAUCUUAAAAAAAAAGAAUUUAGUAUUAUAUACCAAAAAAAAAAUGUAGCAUAAAUUUAUUACAGUGCAAAGUUAGUAAUAAGUUAUUUUUAUAUCGAAUCAAAUUGAAUGAAUGGAUUGUUGAAUCAAAACACAGGAGCGUACUGUAAAGAAAAACAAAAAAAAUACUGAAAAUUCCUAAAUU